AUGUAUGGAUUUUUUUUUAAUAAAAAUGAAGAAAACAAAUUGACAAAAAAUAAGAGUUCAUUAGAGAAUAGUGAUCAUAAUAUAAAUAAUGAUAAUAUAAAUAAUAAUGAUGUAAAUAAUAAUGAUAUAAAUAAUGACAAUCCAAAUAAUGAUAAUAUAAAUAAUAAUGAUAAUGCAAAUAAUGAAAAUCACAAAUUAAACUUAUCUGUAUGUAAGGAAAAAGAAGAAAGUAAUGUAAACAUAAAAAAUAAAAAUAACGAUGAGACAUUUAUUUCUAAUAUAGAUAAUAUAAAUAAUAUGAAUAAUAUAAAAAGUGAGAUAAUUUUAAACAGUGAUAAAUUUAUAUUGAAUAGUUAUGAUAAUGUAAUAGAAGAAAAAAAAAACCUCAUAAAUGAAUGUACCGAAAAUAUCGUGUACAAAGAAGAUAAUGAUAUACAUAUAAAUAAUAACACAUAUAACAAUUUGUCAAUUCAAAAUUAUGCAAAUUAUCUUCAUAAGGAUGAAAAAAAAAAAAAAGAUAUAUCAUCUAAUAAUAUGAAUGUAAGUAAUUCAAAAAAUGAUAUAAAAAAAAAAAAUAAUGAUACUAUAAUACAAGAAAAUAUGAAUAAGUUAUUAUCUAAUAAUAACAUAUCUACAAAUAAUAAAGAGAAAGAAAGAAAGAACAAUGAUAAAAGAAGUGACAAUAUUAAUAUUGAUUUAUUUUUUUCAAGCGAUAAUUCUGUAGAAUUAAGUGAUGAAAAUAGUUCAUUGGAUACUAUGGAAGAACUAUGUGAAAAUAUUGAAGACUCAGAUGUUUCUAUAAAUUUUUAUAAAAAUAUGUUAAGUUCAAAAAAUAAUAUUAAUGAUAAUAUAAAUAAUGAACAAUCUAUUUUAAAUAAUAAUAAUCCAAGUGAAGAAAUUAAUAUUCUUAAUAAUUAUAUUAAAAAUAUUACAGAUGGAUAUCAAAACCAUUCUAUUUCUUCCAUUGAUCUUGAUAAUAAAUUAUUGAAUAUACUAUCUUUGUCUUUUCUAACUUUUAUUGAUAAUGUUAUAUAUGAUUCACAUAUUUAUGCACAAACUAAAACAUAUCUUGAUACAACAAAAAUGAAAUUAAAAAAAAAACAUGAAAGGAAUCAAACAAAUCAAAUGUGUCCACAAUUAAAUGUAACUACACAACAUGGAAAUAAUAAAAAGAAUGAUAUCAUGAAACAAAGUGUACAAGUAUUUAAUGACAAAAACGUGGAUUUGUUAAAUACUGAUAUGGAUAAAAAUGAUACACAAGAUCAAAAAGAAAUAAUAAAAAGGAAUAAUAAUAAUGAUGAUGAUAAUAAUAAUAAAAAUGAUGAUGAUAAUAAUAAUAAAAAUGAUGAUGAUAAUAAUAAUGAUAAUAAUAAUAAUGAUGGUGAUGAUAAAUCAUAUGAAUAUUUUCAUCAUAUAAAAGAAAAACCUCCUGAUAUUACAUUCAACCCUGAUGUAAUUAACAUGUGCUUAAAUAAUUUAUAUAACGAACAGCUAGUAAACAAACUAAUUCAUAAAAGAAAAAAGAAAGAUAAAGGUAAAGAUAAAGAUAGAACCAAAGAGAAUCAUAUGAAUGAUACAAAAAACAACAGCAAAAACAACAACAAUAAUAAUAAUCAUAAUAAUAAUCAUAAUAAUAAUAGUAAUUAUAUUAGCUCUAAUGACGAAGAUGAUGUAUUACGCUUGUUAUCGUACAACUCCCUCUUUAAUAAAAAAAAAAAUGAAGACCUUACCUAUCAACAAAACGAUUCAACAAAUAAAAAUAUCAAAGUAACGAAUAAUAUAAAUGGCAAAAAAUCCAUAGAUGAAAUUAAUAAAUCAUUACAGCAUAAUAUAUAUAAUAAAUUGAAUAAGAGAAAAAUUAUGAUCAAUCAAAUUAAUCAUGAAAUUAAAAAGAAAAAUAAUAAUUAUGUAAAUACAUCUACAAACAAGAAACCAUAUACUUUGGAAGAUAUAUUUGAAAUAUAA